AUGGUCCACGCUGAUGCGUCCCGCUUUGCCGACGGCGUCACCAAAAGCGACGCAUACGAGCAAGUCUUACUACAGGCCGAGGGGUUGAUGACGGAUCAGCGCAACUGGGUUUGCAACCUGGCCAAUGCCGCGUCGCUGCUCUGGCACGCCUACAGGUCCCUGCCGUCUCCCAGCAACGCGGUCAACUGGGCAGGCUUCUACGUCGUCGACCCGUCGGCUGCAAACGAGCGGCUCAUUCUAGGCCCUUUCCAGGGCAAAGUGGCGUGUCAGACCAUCGCGUUUGGCAGAGGCGUCUGCGGCGCGGCAGCGUCCACCGCGGAGACGCAGCUGGUGUCCGACGUGGGCGCGUUCCCUGGCCACGUUGCCUGCGACAGCGACAGCAGGAGCGAGAUUGUCGUGCCUGUUCUGGCCGACAGGGGCGGCGGCGGGGUCAAGAGCGUCGUCGCCGUCAUCGACGUCGACUGCGCGGUCGUGGGCGGCUUCGAUGACUUGGACAGGACGUAUCUGGAGAAGCUGGCUGAGAUGCUGGGCAAAGGGUGCGAUUGGUGA